GUGACGAUCACCGUGUCCAUGCCGCUCGACCCGGGCCCGGCUGGUGGAGCAAAGCGCGCGGGGGCGAGGGUCAGCGACUGGCUGACCAUGAGGAGGAUGGGGUGGCCGAGCCUCGGGAGCAGGCAUCAUGCGAGCGGCGACUGCAGGCUCUGCGACUAUCACAAGAGGGGCUCGUGCCGUGCCGGCCCGGGUUGUCACCACUGCCACAUCGACGACAAGUGCGGCAAGCGGCGCCAUCGUCGUCGGGCUGUGCCUGGUGCGCACAGCAGCGGCCCGCAAAUUCUUACACUAUGA